AUGGAUACGAGUGCAACGUACACUCUUGAAGAAUGUGUGAAUUAUAUUGGCUUGGGAAAAUUUCAAUGGCGUUUGUUUUCAAUUAUUAGCUUUAGUACGAUGGCGGAUGCAGCAGAAGUGUUGCUUUUAAUAAUUUUAGGACCAGCGUUACAGUGUUAUUGGCCUCACAUAACAGAUAUUCGUAUAGCUGCAUUAACUACAUGUGUUUUUAGUGGAACGUUGUGUGGAGGAUUUAUACUUGGUCUUAUUGCUGAUAAGUAUGGACGACGUAGAGUAAUUGUGACAUGUGCUAUAAUAGUUUCUUUAUCUGGAAUGCUUACAGCAUUCGCGCCAAGCUAUAACUAUGUACUGUUAACCGUAUUCAUUGUCGGAGUUGGUAUUGGAGGUCUUAAUCAAGGUAAUAAUUUAAUGUUAGAAUAUUUACCAUCAUCAUCGCGUGCAAUGCUAGUUGUUGCUAUUCAAUUAUUUUGGGCAUUCGGCGAUAUUUAUGAAUAUGUUUUGGGUAUGAUUAUUAUGCCAUCAUAUGGAUGGCGUGUAUUAACACUUCUUACAGCAUUACCUUUAUUCGUUAUUCUUAUUGGUAUGUAUUAUAUCACUGAAUCACCGCGAUUUUAUGUUGCAAGUGGUC